AUGGAAAGUGUAACAACGAACAAAAUUAAGGAAAUUAAUUCGCCCAUUACUGAGUUCCUUAUUAAUAAUCUCCCAUCUGAUCCUAAACCUGAAGAAUCUACUGAAUCUGUCAUGAUAAAACUUCUGGUUAAUCACCCAAUUUCCACAGCCAAUAGCAUACAUCGUCAAUCAUAUUCGCCUUUAAAUGACGAUAAUGAAAUAUUGAAAAAGGUUGAAAGUUAUAACGAUUUCGAAUAUACGGACGAGUAUAAGUCAAAUGUAGAUAACAAAGAACCAAGAAACAAUAAAUUACUGUUAGACACUAAGAUUUCAUCCCAAAUUAAACUUACUACCUUAUCAACUUCGUCCAACAAUAAGCAACAAGUCAGUUUCGAAUCGGGAGAAAAUUCUUCUGCUAUUACCUUACUUCACACCGACGAAACAUACGUAGUCGACUCCGAAAACGUUUUCAAUUGCCUUAUGGAUAAUGCGAUAAACGAAGUAGAUAAAUCAGUAUUAGUCGGAACCGAUAAUGGCAAAAUAAAAAAUGUGACGGCUAUCUCUUCUAGACGCAAAAGAAAAUGCCUUAAACCCUACAAAAUGUAUCCGAUAUCAGCGGAAGAAACUGCCUCUAAAAAUACUUUCGAAGUGUCUCCAAAAAGCUCACCAAUUAAUAUCAUUCGGGAGGUUAAUAACGAUGAGUCUUACCUGAGCGAAACCACUUUGGACGAAGAUAAAAGUGUUCUGGAAAAUGGCCAAAUUUUUCUCAACUAUCCCAUCCAAGACGUUAUGCCGCGCGCCUAUGAUAGCCGCUUAGGCCAAAGGAAGAGUCUUGAACCCACAAGCCAAUUAUCAUCCAAUGACCAAAUGAACAGCGAUCCAUUAAAAUUAAAUCAACAAUUUAAUGAAACCAGUAGUGCAAUAAUAACUAGAACACCGCCGCUCUCCACCCGUUUAGACUGCACCAUAAUUGACGAUAAAGAUUUUAAUCAAACGAUUAACACCUAUAAAUCUUUAAUAAAUAAAUCACCGUCCGAGGAGAUGAACAGCCAAGAAAUAAUGGAUUCGUUAGGGGAGAAUGAGUUAAAAAUGAAAAGAGUCGAUAAUAAUAGUUGGGAGAAACACAUAGCCGCGGCUUUUCCUCUUUACGGAGACGCUAUAUUAAAAUCUUUUCGUGAAGUCUUUGAAAGCAGCGAAAACAGGCUUCCUUACCCGUAUUCAGGUAUAGAACCGUUCCAUCAGUUCUUGUUUAGAACGGGCCAAACAGCCCCAAUGAUGGAUAUGGAUGUUAAAAAAACCCAUAACGGAAUAUCAACAGCGGGCAAAAUACCCAAAAAACGCAAAUUUAGGACUAAAAAUAACGGGGGAUUAGCAUCGAAUUCCGAUAACACCUCUUGCCCUACAUCCACCAUAUCAACGGCAACCCUUAAUUUCACUAUAAGUCAGCCUAUUACGUCAACACCUACGACCCCCGCCUCAACAUUUACUUCCAACCGAUGCCCCUGGCCUGGUUGUAACGGUACAGGCCAUGUGACAGGGUUAUACGACCAUCACAGGAGCCUUUCUGGUUGCCCUCUCAAGGCAAAGGCCUCCGUAUACAGGGAUUUUAAUUCCAACCUCAGGCAAAGACUUACCAAUUCACUCGCGUCAUCACCCAAAAUUCAAUGUCUCAGUAGCUCCUCUCAAUCUAUGAUAAUAACAACGAGCGAUACCUCUACAAAUUGUAAAAAUUAUAAUAAGGAUAUCAAUGAAGACAGUGUUGCACUAAGCGACUUCCAGCAGCUUUCGGUUAUUUCCUCUAUCCCAUUAUUAGCUACAUCUAAUCAUUCCCCUAUUAUUUCUUCCAUGGAAGAAGAAGCUCAUUCCUUGAUUUACAGCAUGUAUGAAUCUAACUCCGUUUUAAAGUGCCCUACACCUGGCUGCAAUGGUAAGGGUCACGUUAAUACGAAUCGCAUUUCUCAUCGAAGUCUCGCUGGAUGUCCUUUGGCUGCUAUUAACAAGUUUCUGGUAUCCAGUGUGAACGAUUCGCCCUCGCUUGGCGAAAAAGUUGGUAAAUUACAUGAAAAUAUCAAAAAUGAGUCAUAUGGGCACAAAUUCGAAAAUCCAUCAUUAAGUCAAUCAAACGAUUGGAAUAAAUAUUCCAAAAACGACAAUUCUUGUAAUUCCUAUGGUUCAAAUGAUGGAAAUGAAGAUCCUAAUUCAAACUCUAAGCAGAGCGUCGAUCUAAAGAUGCUGAUAGGAGAUUCUAAUAGGGAAUGGGCAACAUCUAGCAUUAAGACUACGAGCCAUUCCAAUUUUUCUGAAGAUUUAACCUCCAAUAAAAGAGUUAAACCACCUGCAAUUAUCUUCUCUAAACAAGAAUUCAAUGAAAAGGGUUCUUCUGGUUAUAAUGGUAAAUACUCUCCAACUAGUAAAGACGAGACAUUGUUAUCGACCAAUCAUAAAGAUGAUCACAUGAAGGAUUUAAAGUCAAAUAUAGAACCUCAGCUAAAAAAUCAUGGAUCUAAAGAAGCAUGUUCUAAAGACAGCAAAUGGAAUCAAGUUGGUAUUCCACCCAUUUACGAUUACAAUCACCCCUAUUUAUUAUCUGCCUCCCAAACUAUAUCAUCAUUUUUCCCUCAUUUCAAAAAUCCUUAUUACCCACAAUUAGAUGAAGCCCAAUAUUCAAUGGAAGAAGGAUUUAAACGGUUCAAAGAUAGAAAUGAAGGCCCCGACUCUAGAGGAUUGUCAGAGUCUUCUAAUGAAGAAGCCCUAGAAUGCGAGAAGUUAAAUAGUUCAUAUAAUAAUUCUUUGGAUUUGCAUCAACAAGAAAACGACAAAAUGUCAUCCCCUAACGCUUUGGCGGAUAAUAAUGGAUACAGAGAUGAAACAGAUUCUCAGAAUAACAAUAAGAGUUGUAAGGACAUGACAGAUUACGCUCUAUCUUGGUGGAAACAAGCUGGUUACUUAAACAAAAAAUCUAAGAAUUUGAUAUAUCCUUAUUCCUCAAACGAAUUUUCUCCUGACGGGGAACCUGCUUUGGGGCUUCCGCCCUCCUAUUUUUACCCCUUUAUGCACAAUCCUUACUAUUAUCUGCUAGCUAACCCUUACUUUCAUGGUAACCUCAAAUAUCCAGAUUUGCUGGCCCAUUACAACAAUAAUGAGGGCAAUGAGCCCAAAAAAUAUUUCAACACAGGCGAUGCAACUAAAAAAAAGAAGCAUGAGAGGAAACAUGGCAAGGUUUCUAAUAAAAAUAGCGAAUUUGAUGAUAAUCGUCUAACAGAUCAUGUAAACGAUCCCUAUAACCUUUACUAUGAUUAUUAUAGUAGAUUUAACUUGCAUCCAAAGCCCGAUGUCAGAAAGAAGGAUGAUAAAAAUGAGGAAACAAUUCAACUAGCUUUAUCAGUUCAAGAAUCGCCCUUGGAUCUCUCUUCAUCUGAAAAGACUAAGAAGAGAAAAAGUCAACAUAGUUCUCCAGGUCUAGAUAGCCAGGAAGAAAAAGCCAAAAUAUGUGCCCGUCAACGUCCCGAAGAAGAAUUGCAUACGAGGUAUGAAAAGGAAAACGAAAAACAACUAUGCGACAAUUACACGAAAAACUUAUUAAUACCUGGUGGCGUCAACGCCCUAGCCCAACCAGGCUUGUACCCUUGGAACAACAAUACUUUCCCAUACCAUUCAUUCUAUCCCUUUGGUUAUUUAGAUCCAACGAUAAAUAAUUAUGAUAAUUCAACUAAAAGUAGAUCUACUCAAUCCCUAAACAAUCCUGUUUCUGCCUCCCUUAAAGAGUCACCCAGUGAUAAAGUAAAGGAUGACUUGCUAUCGGAAGAAGGAGAAAGGAGGUCUGCAGAAAACAAUGGGUACAAGUUAGACCCACUAUCUCUUAAGGGACUCUUAAGUAAAAACUCCUAUCAAGAUCUAUCUGAGCACUUUAAGAAAGGUGGCAAAAAGAGUUAUUAUAACCCAUUGACGCCCAACAACUACCUCCCUCCCGCAUCCAUCCCAUCUUAUUCAGAUCCGUAUGAUAUAAUUAACAACACCUAUGGCGUCAAUAUAACAUCGGAGCAAGACAUAUUGCCCGGCGUUUCUUCGAGUUCCUUGAAUAAAUGUCCCACACCAGGCUGUAACGGUAGCGGCCAUGUGACAGGUAAUUAUUCUUCCCAUAGAAGCGCCUCAGGAUGCCCUUUAUUAGCGGCUGCUUCAGUUUUUCGCAGGAAACAGUUGCAAAUUCAACAAUCCAAUAACUCAUUCCUUAGACAAAAUCAUAGUUUAUCCGGCGACAAGGAGCUUCCUCUAUUAUCAGCAUCUUUUAAAUUAAACACUCUUCAAGCUGACAAUAGCUCUAGUGUUAUUGUUUCUACCAAAGUUAAAUCAAAUUGUUCGAACGAUAGUAACCCGAACGAGGAAAUAAACUAUUUAGCAGGUGCGGACAGAUUAAAACAGGGAGUCAUUGUGUCGAAUAAUAAUUCUAUCAUGGUAUCUGUUUCAUCUCCAACCGAUAUACUUAAGUGUCCUACUGUAGGAUGCGAUGGAUCAGGUCAUGCUACCGGCAAAUACUUAAGCCAUAGAAGCAUAUCGGGAUGCCCAUUAGCUAAUUGUGGAAGAAGAGCUGGCGGGAUUUCCCAAAUGCAUUCUCAAAUAAAGAAUUCGCUUCCGACCCUUAAUGUUGCACACAACUUCGAAAGUUUGUACGAUGGCGUUUUGUCGAAUUCUACUAAUAAAGAUGCAGAAUUUCGCAAAAUGUGUAAUCGGUCCAUGAAUAUGACCGACUCUAAUGACAGUCAUUAUAAAGGCGAGAAUGAUGACACUAAUUUUAAGACCCCCGAUUUCAAGGAUCUAGAAAAAUUGGCUAGGGCCGAUUUUGUCUCUGAUAUGGCUCUACCCUUGUUCUACUCACCACUUAAAGACGCAAUGGGAAGACAAACAGUUGCUAAAAGUCUCAAGGGCUCGAGCGACCGAGAAAUUAACACUGCCAGUGCAUUUGAAAAUCCAAGUAGCUCACAAUUGCCUUCAAGCAAUUUAUUACCCAUUCAAAGCCUCCCACAUCUGGAAGUCGAACAUGGUAUUGAUAAGAAAAUAAAAGAGGAAGAUCGUAGUGAGUCCGCGGAAAUUGAUAAGGCAUCUUCUUUAUUAAUCGAGGGUAUGCGUGAACGUGACGAAAGAAAUACGGCAAGUGAAAGUCAGAAAAAAGAAAGGAUAAAUUGUUUUAAAUCACAGGAGGAACUUUAUCGGAUGAGUCAGGAUGCGGCACCUAAUAUGGAAAUUAAAAAGAGUGAAUUUAUAUCGGUGACAUAAGACACGUAACAUUUUAGAGACAAUAAAUCAAUGGACUAAUUUAUAUAAUAUACUCCUUAAAAUUAAAUUUAUUCCAAUUUAUUUAUACAAAAUUUAUAAACUAGUUUUUUAAAAAACAAAAUUAUAAAGUUUUGUCUUAUUUAUACCAAAUUACAAGUGCAAAUAAUUCCAUCUCGC